AGUCUACACACGCCUUUGGAACGAAUCCGGAAUAUUUUCUUCAAAAUAAUCCCGAAAAAAUAAUUGUUGAAUUGAGUCGGGACGAGCCCAUCUGUACAUGGGGCUUGGGUCUCUCGUAGCCCUAGCUUUCCCCGUACAAGACUCACAUCGGAGCCCCCUUCAAAUAACCGAACUGCCCCACCCCCACCCACACCACCAAGCGGCGCAUUCUACCGGUCUUCUUCAUUAAAUCAGCGCCCCAAAGCUUGAUGAGCUAGAAUAAUACCCGGAGGCGGACUUCAUGGUGUUUGAAUACCCCCAUAUAUAUGAGAUGGGGUUGCCAACUGAACAUCCUGUUCCCCCUCCUGUUCCCCCUGUUAGCCCGAAAGUGGUAUGUUUUGAUUCAUUUUAUCCGGUUGCAAAUGCCUUUCUUGAACAAUACUAUGGAGUUCUUCAUGGAUCACCAGAAUUAUUCCACCAAUUUUAUCAAGAUUCGAGCAUUGUAAUGCGGCCAGAUUCUAAUGGAGUGAUGAGAUCAGUGACUACAACACAAGCCAUCAACGACUUGAUAUUGUCGUUGGACAACAAGAACUGUAUAACAGAGAUCUUAUCUGCAGAUUCUCAACAAUCUUACAAGGAUGGAGUUUUCAUUCAAGUGAUAGGAUUUCUGAUUGGACUGGAUAGAAUAAGAAGGAAAUUUUCCCAGUCAUUCUUUCUCUCUCCACAGGGUCAUGGGGUUUACUUUGUCCUGAAUGAUAUUUUUAGAUUUGUGGAUGAUAAUCAACAAAGAAAAACCAGUCAAAUGCUAGCUAACGGAGAUGGUGAUGCACAAAUUGCUCCUUUAAUCAUUGAACAAGUUCAAGAUCUUCAUGCAGGUGACCCUUCAACUUUGCUUUCUGAGGAGCUUUAUGAAAAUGGAGGUCCAAAUGACAUUGCGGAAAAUGGAAGUCCAAAAGCAGAGGUUAAGUUCGCAGAAAAUGUAGACACAGAAGAGGUUCCUGAGGUAUUGCCACCUACAGCGCAAGAGGAUUCACCAAAGUCUUAUGCAUCAAUUCUUGUGAAGGGCAAUGCAUCACCAAUAGCUGUUCAUGUGCCAACUACGAAGGUGAAGCCAGUCUUCCCAAAACCUGAGAAAGUGCCUCUUCCUUCAACAACACCUGCUCGUGCUUCUGAAGUCACGACUAGUGGUAGCAAUAGUACGUCAGAGACGAAUGAUUCCCAUAAAGGAGGUCACUCCAUCUUCGUUCGUAAUUUACCUCUGGAUGCUACCGUUGCUCAAUUGGAGGAGGUAUUCAAGAAGUUUGGACCAAUUAAACCGCAAGGCGUACAAGUCAGAAGCCACAAGCUGGAACAUAAUUGUUUUGGCUUUGUUGAAUUUGAGUCAUUGGACUCCAAGCAAGCUGCAAUGGAGGCGUCACCGAUAAUGAUUGGAGGUCGUCAAGCCUUCAUCGCAGAGAAGAAAACAACCGCAAGAGUUAGUGGUGGUAGUAGUCGGUUUUCUAUGAGCAGAGGUGGCAAUAACGGCGGUGGUGUUUUCCAGAAUGACAAUUUUAGAGUUGGUCGGGGAGGUUUUGGUGGAAACCAAGGAGGGUUUGCAAGGAACGAGUUCAGGAACACUCGGGGUGGUGGUGAGUACUCAGGCCGAGGUAGGGCUGCACCACGUGGCCGUGUUAAUGGAGCAUAUAGACCUCGGAUCGUUCAAAACGUUUCCCGUCCAAACAUGACGAAUCAAACAGCAAUAGUUGCCUGAUUCUUGCAUAAACGAUUAGAGAAAACUCCUCUACUUUUCUCCCAUUUUUUGUUAUAAUUUCCCACCAUAUUUUUUACGACUUUUGUGACGCGACACAUUGUUUUGUUUUUUUGGAUUAUCUCAGCAUUGUAAACGGAAAUUUUAUUCGAUUUGCUUCAUAAUGCAACAAAUUAUUCGAUUUUUAGACUUUA